CACAACCCUGCUCGCAGCUGCUGGCGCAGCGGUGCAUGCUGGGCUUUGUAGUCCCUGAGUUCACGCCCCCUCGUCUUGGGCUUCCCCGCGAUUGGGCCAAGAUAAUGGUCUUUGGAACGUGGACUUUUAAAUAAAAAGAGGAGAUAAAAUGUCUGUCCUCACUUCUCCCAGAGGGAAGGCUGAAGUGGUUCAUUGCCGAAGAACAGAAUCCCAGGAUAUCUUUUGUAUCAAAAGCCUCAUUAGAAAAUUUACUCAGAAGCUGUUUGGGAGGCUCAAUAUCAUCUAUCUUCUAGAAAAGGCAAACCUUGCUGUUACCCUCUGCAAUGACAAGGAGGAGAUCAUGGCCCAUGCCAUCUUCUUGGACUAUCCCAACUGGAAUGUUGCCAAGCAGGACGACUGGGUGUCAUUGUUCCAGGAACUUGACAAUGAAAUCCCAUGCACACCCCUGAAUACACUGUUUAUGCACUUCUUUGUGGCCGUGGACGAGUAUUCCACCGGCUGCCUCAAAGAGAUCAUUCGGACUGUGUUCAAGGCAGUACCAGAACUGUACUUCAUAUUCCUUAUAGUGCCAACAUAUGUGAGCCUAGGUUCAACUCUGAUAACUGUAUUUGACCAAGUGGGGAAUAUUCCAUGUUUAACCUAUGAUGAAGACUUUGCAGUGCACAUAUGUCACAGGCAUGACCACUACCCUCAGCUGCACAUUCGCAAAGCCAGGGUGGAAGACCAUGACGAUCUCAUGCCAAUAUUUAUGCACUAUGACAACACUCUGAGAGAAAUCUAUGGUGAAUACUUCCUGGCUGAACUAAUAGAGGCCCAAGACGAAGAGAAUCAUGCUGUGGUGUGUGAGGUGGAAGGCAAGGCUGUUGGGUUCAUGAGUGUGUGCUCCAGUGUGAACUUGCCCCUGCUGCACAAAUGCUUCGACUUGGGCCCUUUCCAUGGAUUCUGUUUCCCACAUCCCGAUGAUCUUUUGGAACCAUCAAAGGAAUCAAGUAUUCAAGAAAGUCAAGAUACUGAAAUCAAGAGUGACAGCCAGGGUUCUCAGAAGGUAGCUGAGGAACUGGGCAUGCUUGCUUCUUCAGAGGCCGUGGUAGAGACACAGGAGAAAGAAAGCGAAGAAUCUUCAUCCGAGGAUAUGCUAUCAGGAACCUUCAGUAGAUUGUCUGAUGAAAUGCAGGAUGUGGACCAGAAGCUCAGUGUGCUUUCCAUGGCUGACGAGGACCUCACUUUGAGCAGUGAGAGCUCCCUGCCAUCCUUCCUGUUCCCGGAGGAAUCCUCCCACUUCCGCCCCAUCUACCUGGGAGAAUCUGCUGCGUUUUGUAUUCAGCUCUUUUGUAUUGAUGAGAAAUAUGAGGCAAGGUCCCUGGAUUUUAUGAGUUUUGUUUUCAGUCUUUUCCCUCAUAAGAACUUCUGUUUGAUAUCUGUGCCCCAUCUCACACCUGAGUUUGUCCUCAUCCAGAACUUUGUGAAGGUCGUCCCAUUCAACAAUUGCACGCUGGAGCAUGAUCUCUAUGUGUUCCAUCGAGCCGGAUUGCUCAGGUCCAUUAAGAUAAGAUUAGCCAAUUUUGUGGAUACUGCUGGUGUUGAAAAUCUUGUCAGCACCCUCGUACUGAGUAGGAAGAUACUGGAUGAUUUUGCCCAGUACAACGAGGCUUGCAGAGACCCUGAUGGGACAGCUCUGCAGGUGUUUGUAGCUGAAGUUGCAAAUCAAAUAGUUGGCAUUGCAGUGAUCAGAAAAGAAAUGGAUAUAGAGUUCAUACGAUCUCAUUACAACAUCGAGGACUUCAUCUACUUUAGCCACCACCAGCAGGAAGAGCAUGGGCGCUUGCACCAUUUUGCCCUGAACCCUAUUUUCCGACACUACACCAAGUUUUUCCUGAAGGAGAUCCUUCGCUUAGGCUAUAAGUCAUGUCUCUACUACCCUGUAUACCCACAAUCCAGGGACAGCAAGCUUCAGAACUCGGCCGCCCACUCCCUGACAUCUGCCCUUCAUUACUUGGUUCCCGUGCGACCACGACGACAGAUUGUCUAUCCUCUGGAAAAGCUUGGCAUAAACGCUCCAUCAAAGGAGGUCUCCAAGGAUCAGUUGAGUUAUGCCUUAAACCACACAAACAGGAAACUAACGUUAGAACCAAAAGUCACUGUCAAUGCCAGAAUCGUUGUGGUUGGUGCAUCCAGUGUUGGAAUUUCAUUCCUGGAGACACUGGUAUUUUGCUCUCACCUGAAGUUUAAUAAUCUCACCCUGAUUUCAACUCAUGGACUCCCAGGAAAAAAACUUUUGGGCAGCGAACAAAGGAAGUUCCUAGCAAGCGACCACUGUUUUAAUGAUAAAGAUUAUGCACUGAUGUCUCUGUGCUCCUGGGUCAACGUUGUGGUUGGUAGAAUGACGGGCAUAGACCGAGCAGCCAAGCGCGUUGUGGUUUCCAAGAGCGAGACUGUGUUCUACGACCACCUCAUUCUCUGUACCGGGCAGCAGUACCAGGUCCCGUGCCCCACGGGGGCUAGCAUGGACCAACAUCUGACAAACAGAGAGGUUCUGGAGAGCAGCAAGCUGAGGUACACUGGGAAAGUCCCUCACAACCUUUUCAUUCUCAACAACGAGGAAGACUGUGUUAAGGCACUCAUUUGGAUGAGGAGCAACGCCAUCCUCACAGAAGGGAAGGUCAUUGUCUAUGGGAAUACAAUUGACGCUUACACAACGGUGGAGACACUCAUGCACAUUGGCGUGAAGGGGAACUGCAUCUCCUUUGUGUAUCCCCCAACUGAUUCCAACAUAACCUGUAUCAACAACUAUGUGAUAGAGACUGCCGUGAAGGAUGCGCUCAGUGCAGCUGGCGUGACUGUCUAUCGGGAUGCGCUGUUGGCUCAGUGGAACGAUGGCCAGGACCCAGACCCAAUUUGCAGUGCCUGCUUCACUACCUCCACCAAGCCCUUCAGAUUGGAGUGUUCAGUAUUCUUCAGCUUCUACAAGAAAAAUGUGGAUUAUGAAACAUUUAAAGCCUUUAAUGAUGCAUGCCUUGUCUAUGAUGGUCGACUUGUGAUUGACACCACCUUCCACACCAAUGAUAUAGCCAUCAGAGCUGCUGGCUCCCUCACUAAAUUCUCUAACCGAUAUUACUCAAAUGAAUGGACUCAUAGCAACUUCAGUUCAAAAGAAAUAGGCUUUCAGCUGGCAGCAGCUAUGCUCAGUCUCUUUGACCCAACCCUGGAGCCUGUGACUGAACCACCAGCUGACCUUGACCGGCUCAUCCCCAUGUACAAGGGAGCUAAGAUCCAAGGAGGCAUUCUUCCUGGGUCUUAUCAUUAUCUGCAUAUUGCCAAACCUGCCAUUCCAAGUCCCUUGGAUGUUCAAAGGUCACAGCCUGAUUUUGGUUCAGAAAUAAUAACAGGUAAUGUGAAAGAUGGCACAUACUUCCGACUGUACAUUAACAAGUAUAAGUUGGUGGAGGCCAUCACAUGCUUUUCAAAGGAGCCCUUCCCAGUCUCCAACUACAUCCGCUUGUAUGGACAGCAUGAGCAAGUCCUCAACAACCUGUGCACUCGUUUUGAUGAAAAGUUGAUUCCAGAUCUCUACAGCUACUUCACGGAGCCGUGGUGCAUGGCCAUCUUCCACGAUCGUUUUAUUGAUCUCAGGAAGGAGUUGCGCCAAAUCUUAAACUCCAAGCAGGAGAUAGACAUACCUUCCAUGGAGCAGCUAGCCUACAAGAUAGAGGAUGAGGAAAUAAACCUGAAUGAGAAGCCCCAGAAAUACCUCCAAAGGGUUUUCGAGGAUUCCAUCUACAAAAACCUGCUGGAGAAGAGCAUCCUGGAUUACCUUCAUUACAACAAGUACCACCUGCCCAUGUAUGCGUGGCCAGGCAUCAUUUAGCUGUGGCCAGAGGCCCCCUGGCAUCACUUCCUAGCUCAGGUCAGCCAAGUGCUCAGCAGACAAGUCCCCUUGCCCCUCCCCCAAUCCCCGCUCUUCCUCCUGUGGUUUCCUGGUGUUCCAGUAGGUGGCGCUUGUCUGUGUGGCACUGCUAAACCAGGGAGCUUUACAAACAGGCAUGUUCUGUGCAGAAUAAUCCACUCUAGCAAUAAAAUGAACUCCU